AUGGAGACAAAGGGAAAGACGCCUGUUGGCGACCUCGCAGAGCACUUACUCCCUACGCGAAGGCGCGACCUUUCAUUCUAUGUAGUGCUCUUCGUCGCUGUAAUUCCUCUCUGGUCGAUCGUGCCAUUGUCGUGGGCGUUCGUGAUCUACACCCUCCGAUCAGGCACAGUAUGGACUUUAUCAUGGCCAGGCCGCGCUGUAUUUGCUACUGCGCUAGCUGAGGCGUUCUUCAGCGUACACCACUACAACCUUGCACGUUUUAUUGCCGGCCCGCACUCUCUGCCGCCGAACAAGCUCGCUGAACUCCAGGGCGCGUUCACGCGUGUCCUUAGAGCCGGCCUUGCCAAUCUGCCCGAGGAUGGGUUCGACGAAGAGAUGCUAGACGUAGAGAGACCUGGGAGCCCCGCCGAGGAUAUCAUCACGCUGCAGUAUGACGACCCUCGAGCUGUGGAUUUCCGAAAUACUCUGAGAACUUGGUUCGGUAAGGUACCUUGGUCCGCGGUCCACAAGCAUGAAAUGUACACAUGGUUGUACUGGUCAAUCUACAACGCCUCCUACACCUCCUUUGAGGCACUUCCUCCAGUACACCAGAAAGCAUUGCAAGAAGUAUGCCAACUGAUCGAGCGGCGAUCGGGGACAACCAUUCCUGAGGGUUCUAAUCCCACAGUCAAGCCUUUAUUACUCACAUUGGACCCGGUUAGCGUUGUCUGGCGGCCACUGGUCUGGUACCUUGCUGUGGAGAUCAGUAACUUCUUUGUGCGCAGACGCUUAGUGAGGGAUUGGAACGUUAAGUUUGGAACAUACCAUGGGCUAGACUACGUUCUCCGUAUUCCUCCUGGCUGGAAUCAUAUCACUGGCCCUCGACCGCUCGUCUUCAUGCACGGCCUCGGGCUCGGAAUCACUCAAUACCAACGCUUCUUGACAACCCUGCUCCGCACCGCCCCCAACCAUCCCAUUCUCGUCCCCCUUCAACCCCACGUGAGCCAGCAAAUCUUCCAUCCGCGGUACCUGCGUCCAUUGGGGCGCCGCGACAUGGCAGGGACGCUUGCGGGACUGCUGGACAAGCUCGGUUGGGCGAAGUGGGAAGACAAGGAGGAGUCGGACAGGGAGAGAGAGAAGGGUGAGGGAGAUCGAGACCAAGUUCCGAUGGGUGUGACGAUGAUAAGUCACUCGAAUGGCUCGUUCGUACAUGCUUGGAUGCUGAAGGCAUACCCGUCCAUGGUCACUCGCUCAUGCUUCAUUGACCCGGUGACGUUCUGUGGUUGGGAAGGCGACCUUUGCUACAACUUCAUAUAUCGUCGGUGCACGACGGCAAGUCUUAUUGAUAUUGGCGGAAUGGAGCUGGUCAUCAAGUACUUCGUCGGCACCGAGCUCGGCGUCGCCAACUUCCUGCAGCGCCACUUCGACUGGAAUGCCAACUCGCUCUGGUAUGAAGAGAUUCCAAAUCCGCGUGAUCCGAAGAAGACGAAGUUUUUCCUUGGCGGUCGGGACGACAUUGCAAACGCCAAACGAGUGAGGCGAUACCUUACAUCGCACGGCAUUCGAAAAGGAUUGUGGUACGACCCGAACGGCCGCCACGGUCAAGCAAUGCUGUCUGGCUCGCCAGGGCAGAAAGAGUUUUUCAACUGGUUACUACAAGACAACCGGAAAUCAUGAGGACGAGCGGCAUGCGCUCGGCCCAUGUACGCUGAUUUCUUAGAGAUGAAGUCGUGAAGCUUCUGUAUACCUGCUGUAUAUCCUACGCAUGUCACCUAAUUCGUUAAAAUUGCUCGUACAUUGCUGUCGCAUUUGCUA